UUGUGAGCUUCCCUUCUCCUCAUAAGACCGGUAACAAUUGCUCGGUGUCGCCCCGUUAUAUUAUACGAAAAACUGGAAAUAAAGCGGGAGUGUUCCCAGAAUGCAGCGCGACGGAUGCUGACCACCGCUGACCAAUAGGAGUGCUGCAUCAACUGCCCCGCCCCUAGUUCUGUACACAGAGAGAUGGGUUACUAACUUGUGUGUGGAAACGGUGACCUGGGUGAUGUAGAUGGGCGGGGAAUGUAUAGCCUGCCCGGAGUGGAGAAGAUGACCCCCGGAGAAGGACAGCCCGGACCGGUUCACCCUCCACCCGGAAUGCCGCCGGACACUACAGGAAGGAUGGAUGGCCCGGAUCACCCCCAUUACGGUAAUGCAACUGAAAUUCCUCUCCCCACCCUCAAUGCACAUUCUAUUCCAGACAUAAAAAGAGAUGUCCAGACAAAAUGGCGGUUGUGGUAGUACAUGAGAUCUGCAAAAAUUGCAAACUGCUGAAUGUUCACCAAGGAAAAAGUUAAAAGAGAAAUCAAAAGACACAGCAAUCCAUUAAAAUGAAGACUAGAUAAUGUCAUAGGUGCAGGCUGAAUUAUUAAACUGAAUUAUUGAAACCAGCAAAGGGCAGGAAGUGAACAAACCAUGCUACAAACCAUGACCUACUUUGCACUCUGCUCAAUUAGGACUCUACGUGAAAAGUCAGUCAAAGGAAAAGUGCUGGGGUACUGGUGGACAGGAGCUGGUGAAGAUAUCUUAGGACUUCUGAAAAGAUGGCUAUAGAUUGCAAUCUGAGUUUUCUCAAAGAGCUUGAGAGGGAAAGAGUUCUGGAGGUCCUGCAUCGAGACCAGAUUCUUCAGAAAACAGAGGAAGAAAGAGUAAGAAAGCUGAAAACGCAUUUACAACAACUACGCUGGAAAGGGGCAAAAAGUGCAAGUAAAGAAUACCAAGAGCGAUCAUGUGCCCGAUGCCAGAAAGCUCUAGGAAGGUUGCUGGACAGAGGUGCGGUCUGCAUUGGCUGCAGUCACAGAGUGUGCCAGGAGUGCCAGGUUUACCGCUGCAGUAUUGUAUGGAAGUGUACAGUGUGCAAUGCUCAUGGGGAAGUUAAAAUAAAGACUGGCGAAUGGUUCUAUGAAGAAAGAGAUAAAAAAUUUCCAUCUGCAGUUUGUCUUACAGGAAAACAUGAAACAGUUGGCUCAAAGCUCUUGAGAUCCUAUCAGAAGAUGAGUAAGAUCUCCAUUGUUCCACCUACUCCACCUCCUUUCUCUGAAGUGAAUCCUGUGCUAAACUUCAUGGAGCUCACUAAAUCAAAAGGCUUUAAUAAAUCUGUGGAAAAUAUCUUCCUGUCCCUCACAACCCAAGUAAAAAAAGUUUCCAAGUCGCAGAAUGAUAUGACUGAUAAAUUUCACCUAAGCACAGAUUAUGGGAAGAAUGCAGAUGGAAUAAGAAAGGAAAGGAGAAGUCAUUCAGAUACUGCCAUCCAUAUAGCUAGUGAGCUAGAAAAAUCCAGAAGUCUACAGCAGCUUAUUCACAAACCCAAAGCAGAAGUCCAGGAAGUCAGGAAUUAUGGAAGUCAAGAGGCAAAGGAGAUUGAAGAUCCAAACAAGCCAAUGUUCUUUGGCAGUUUGAAAAGGUCUAGCAUGACCAGCAUCAACAGCGCGGGCACUGAUGUGGGCAGUAUUGACAAUGCCAGUGUGACUGGAGAAAUUGAACUAGCAAUUUCCUACAACAUGAAGACCUGCACGCUAGAGAUUUCAGUCAAAGCAUGCAAAAACUUAUCUUAUGGAGAAGAAGAAAAGAAGAAGAAAUGUAAUCCGUAUGUGAAGACUUAUUUACUUCCAGAUAAAUCUCCUAUUAGUAAAAUGAAAACUAGUAUUAAGAGGAAUACAGUUGAUCCAUCCUUUAAUGAAUGCUUAAAGUAUACUAUUGAACGCUCCCAACUGGAGACACGAACUCUUCAGAUAUCAGUGUGGCAUGCAGAGAGACUGAGGAAAAAGGUCUUCCUAGGAGAAGUACUUAUUCCACUAGAAUUAUGGGACUUCGAGGAUAACUCCUCUAAAUCAUUAACUUGGUACCAGCUGAAAGCAAAGCCAAAAAAGUCUGAAGAACUGACUCUGCAGUAUUAUGGAGAGCUGUGUGUGAGAAUCAGGCUUGAGAUACCCCAAGUUUCUAAAACCUUCCUGUAUGAACAUACCCCAGAUGGCUCAGGCGUAAGAAAUGUAGAAGUGAUCCAGCUCCAUCUUGUCAUAAAAAGUGCCAAUAAUUUGUCCUUGAGACCAGAUGGUUUUCUUAGCCCUUUUGUGAGGAGUUGUCUUGUUCUGCCCAACAACCAAGAUGUAAAACAAAGGACUCAAGUACUGCGACGACAGCCCUGUCCGGAAUGGAAUCACACAAUUAUUUAUAAUAUAGCCAAUCCGAAUGAUUUCAGGAUGUCUCGACUGGAUCUCACUGUAUGGGAUCAAGGUCUGAAUGAGCGAUUUCUUGGUGGAGCCACAUUAAGCUCAGGUGAGGACGACGCUGCCAGUGACUGCCACCCAUCAGGGCAUCUUUUAUGGGAGCAGCUGCUCAGUACCCCCAACGAAUGGAUAGAAGAGACUCUUGUCUUACAAGCCAACAAAGGGACUUUUCAUUUUUGACCUUCACAUCCAAGCACACAUGCUUCAUCUUCGCCAUAUUAUUACCUUAUCAUUUUUUAUUGUCUGCGAGAAUAAUUAUUCAAAAAUAUUUUAGUAUUGUAUUAAGGAAAUAUUUAAGUUACAUUUUUUGAAAUUUUUGCUUCAGAUAUAUAUCUGAAAAAGUUCCAAAUGUUUAGUGGCAUUGAAAACCAUGUGCCUCAGAGAAGGAGUGACCUUUGGUCCAAUAAAGCCAUUAAUAGUU